AUCCUACCAGGGAUCAGUGCUUUGGGGACAGGUUCAGUCGCCUCUUGCUGGACGAGUUCCUGGGUUACGAUGACAUCCUGAUGUCAAGUGUCAAAGCUUUAGCUGAAAAUGAAGAAAACAAAGGUUUCCUUCGGAAUGUGGUGUCUGGGGAGCACUAUCGUUUUGUCAGCAUGUGGAUGGCCAGGACGUCGUAUCUGGCAGCCUUUGUCAUCAUGGUCAUAUUCACCCUCUCUGUGUCCAUGCUGCUGCGCUACUCACACCACCAGAUCUUUGUCUUCAUUGUUGACCUGCUGCAGAUGCUGGAGAUGAACAUGACGAUCGCGUUCCCCGCGGCUCCCCUGCUCACCGUCAUCCUGGCUCUCGUCGGGAUGGAGGCCAUUAUGUCAGAGUUCUUCAACGACACCACGACUGCCUUCUACAUCAUCCUCAUCGUGUGGCUGGCCGACCAGUACGAUGCCAUCUGCUGCCACACCAACACGAGCAAGAGGCACUGGCUCAGGUUCUUCUACCUGUACCACUUUGCCUUCUACGCCUACCACUACCGCUUCAACGGGCAGUACAGCAGCCUGGCCCUCGUCACCUCCUGGCUCUUCAUCCAGCAUUCCAUGAUUUACUUCUUCCACCACUACGAGCUGCCGGCCAUUCUCCAGCAGAUCCGGAUCCAGGAGAUGCUGCUGCAGAACCAGCAGGUGGG